AUGUCUCACGAGGAAGAUCUCAUUGACUACUCCGACGAGGAGCUUCAGACCACCGACGCGGCCGCCGCCACCACCGCCGCUCCCGCUGCGAAUGGAGAUGCCGCCAAGAAGGGCGACUCUGCCGCUGCUGGUCCUGACAAGAAGGGAAGCUAUGUCGGUGUUCACUCGACCGGUUUCCGCGACUUUCUGCUCAAGGGCGAACUUCUACGUGCCAUCACCGAUUGCGGUUUCGAACAUCCUUCGGAGGUCCAGCAAAGCUGCAUUCCUCAGGCUAUCCUCAACGUCGAUGUUCUGUGCCAGGCCAAGUCUGGUCUCGGAAAGACUGCCGUCUUUGUCUUGACCACUCUUCACCAGCUGGAGCCCGUUCCUGGAGAGUGCUCUAUCCUUGUUAUGUGCCACACGCGUGAAUUGGCCUACCAGAUCAAGAACGAAUACGCUCGUUUCAGCAAGUACCUUCCCGAUGUGAAGACCGCCGUCUUCUACGGAGGUACUCCCAUUCAGAAGGACAUCGAACUCUUGUCGAACAAGGAGACCUACCCCAACAUUGUUGUCGCCACCCCCGGUCGUCUCAACGCUUUGGUCCGCGACAAGAAGAUCUCCCUACGCAACGUCAAGGCGUUCGUUCUCGACGAGUGUGACAAGAUGCUUGACCAAAUUGACAUGCGCCGUGAUGUUCAGGAAAUCUUCCGUGCCACCCCCGCCGACAAGCAGGUCAUGAUGUUCAGCGCUACUCUGUCGCAAGAGAUGCGCCCCAUCUGCCGGAAGUUCAUGAGAAACCCUCUCGAACUGUUUGUGGAUAACGACGAGAAGCUUACCCUCCACGGUUUGCAACAAUACUACAUUAAGCUCAGCGAAGCCGAGAAGAACCGCAAGUUGAACGAGCUGCUGGAUAGCCUCGAGUUCAACCAGGUCAUCAUCUUCGUCAAGAGUACCGUUCGCGCUAACGAGUUGGACAAGCUGCUGCGCGAGUGCAACUUCCCCAGUAUUGCUGUCCACUCUGGCGUGAGCCAGGAGGAGCGUAUCAAACGCUACAAAGAGUUCAAGGACUUCAACAAGCGUAUCUGCGUUGCCACUGACGUCUUCGGUCGUGGUAUCGAUAUUGAGCGUAUCAACCUUGCCAUCAACUAUGACCUGCCUGCCGAUGCCGACUCGUACCUGCACCGUGUCGGUCGUGCGGGUCGUUUCGGUACCAAGGGUCUGUCGAUCUCCUUCAUUAGCAGCGAGGACGAUGAGAACGUUCUCAAGGAGAUUGAGAAGCGAUUUGUUGUUGCCCUUGAUGAAUACCCCGAGGGCGGUGUCGACUCCUCUACUUACAUGGCUUAA